AAUAUAUAAAGCAAAUUAAAUUUCAGGGGUGCAAACAGCAGUGUCCUUGCACGAAACCAAAAAUGUACACGUGUGUCGCAUUGAUGAUGGUUGCUCUGACGAGCACGAUGCACCUUGAAGUAGAGGCAUGGGGCGGUCUCUUUAAUCGUUUCAGCCCAGAAAUGUUAUCGAAUCUUGGCUAUGGUAGUCACGGUGACCACAUGCCCAAAACAGGAUUGUAUCAGCGUCCGUUAUCUACCAGCUACGGAUACUCUUAUGACUCUUUGGAAGAAGUUGUACCAUGUUAUGAAAGAAGGUGCACGGCUAACGACCAGUGUUGUCCGUCUUUCAUUUGUGUAAACGUCGAUGGGGAUAUUGGCCACUGCGUUUUCGAAUUGGGACAGAAGCAGGGAGAACUUUGCAGGAACGAUAACGACUGUGAAACUGGUUUAUUGUGUGCCGAGAUUGCUGGCAGCGAAACUCGUUCGUGUCAGCCACCAGUGACUUCAAAUAAAUUGUAUAAUGAAGAAUGUAAUAUGUCUGGGGAAUGCGAUAUCAGCCGCGGUUUGUGUUGUCAGCUUCAAAGACGUCAUCGACAAACACCAAGAAAGGUUUGCUCGUAUUUCAAAGAUCCUCUAGUGUGCAUCGGACCAGUUGCGAUGGACCAGAUAAAAUCUAUCAUCCAGUACACUUCUGGUGAAAAGCGGAUCACUGGACAGGGAAAUCGAAUUUUUAAACGGGUUCCUUUCGCCUAAGAGCUUCGUCGUUCCUCAUAAAUUGGUGAGAAUGGAAGAAAUGUCUACAUGAAUCAAAUACUCCUUUUCAUUACUUUUAGGAACUUAGGAUAAGUCUAUUACUUCGAAAUUCCCUAAAUUGUUUUUAUUUAUACUUUUGCCUGUUAGGUCAAAGAAGUAGAAAAAUCGUUAAACUCGCUUUUUGAUUAUUUUCCUCCAAAUAUUACGACUGACAAAUACGAUACAUAUCAGAAUAGUCCGUCUUAUAGGAUUAUAAGAUAUACUAUAUAUACAUAUAUAUUCAUGAGAAAAGUUAGGUAGCGUGUCUUUAAAGGUUGAUAGCUUCUGAUGAACGAUGAGUACAGGCUGUGUGAUGGAAGAGAAAAUUUUCUUUUCUUCUACUACGUUGUUAGUCUUAUUUUUACUCGUUUUUGUUUUUGGUUAAACAUAUUCGAAUUAGACUAAGUUGACAUCUUAAUGACGAUAGCAAUGGGAAACUGCUAGGAAAGCUUUGAAUAAUGCGUACACUAAAUGUAAUAUCUAGCUUUGACAAAAUUUUGUUAGAUUAAAAAAUUUGUUAGAAAUUCUUGAAAAGUAGAGUACUUUCUACUUGUUUCGCCCUGUACACGACAAAAACUACUUUCGGUGAGAUUUACGAUCUCAAGAGAUCGCCGAAUCAAAUUUCCUAAAUUUACUGUUAAGGUAUAUACUGGAAUAUCUCAAACGCACACAAAAUAAAAUAUAUUUUCACUCUUCUGGUUUUCAAGUUCUCAUAGAUCAAACGUUCUUGAUAUAUUAGCGAUAAAGGACUAUUUUUCAUGAGAAAGAGUCGAGAAUUGAAAUAGUAUUAAGAUAUCAGAUAAAUGUUCCAAGUCUAAUUAUGAAUCAUUUAUGGAUAGGAAUUUACUCGAUUGUAUCGAACAUUCACUCUGGAAAUUUUCGAACAUCUUUGUCGGUAUUUAACAAAUGUAACUUAUGCGUUACCGUUAAGUCAUACAGUAAAAUUUGAAAGUAAAGCGUCCUAAUUGACACGAAUGCAGAAAAAAAUUGAAGGAUAUAGCAGUGAAGUUUUGCUUUACCUAGCGUAUAUUCCAAAUUAUUAGAGAUAUACGUAUGUACGUAGACAAUUAGAAGAAAUGUUGAUUUAAAUGUGGUAGCCACUCGUUCAAAUAUUUAUUGUGAGAAUCGAUGUAUUAAGCAUCGAUCGCGGGAAUCGCUCUAUUGAACACUGAAACCUCGGAGGCCGCUUCGUUAAGUGUUAUUAAACUCCUAACAUUAAAUAUAAUAUAAUUAAAACAAUAUAUAUAUAUGUAUGUAUAUGAAAAUCGUUAUGUUAGGUAUUAAUCAGAGUCGAGAUUUUAAAAGAUAUAUAAGAAAAGAGACGUGUUAAUUAUCGACAUAGUUACGAAGAUGAAAAAUAUGAAUGAAGCAAAUGUUUUACAAUUGUAAUCACGAGAGACGCAGUGUUAUUUUAAAACAGUGUCGUGAAACACUUUCUGAUGCGUAAAGUACCUGUUGCGAAAUCUGGACAACCCCUCGUUUCUAUGCUAUUGUGCUAGUCAUCGAGAGUCCAACACACAAAGAGAACAUAUUUCUAGUUAUAUGGUAUUAUACUUCCAUCGUUGAUCUUUUAUCGUAUAAGGGAACUCUAACACAUAUUAUGUGAAUGCCUAAUCCAUUAAGAAAGUUUUAAAUGUGAAUGUUAUUACGAGAUAUAUCUUACUGAAAUUAUAUUUUUAUCUUUGAUCGAUAUGUAUACCAAAACGCUAUAUAUUUAUAUAGUAUUCAUAUAUUUUCCGCAAGCGUAUAUCUAUAACAUAAUAUAACUACCCUUCGAUGCGUCGUGCGUACGUCAUCUCACAAGGGUUAAUUGAUUACUUUGUUCGAGGUGAAUAAUUUGCAACUCUAAGUUUGAUUGGAAACUAUAAGAAGCGGUUAAGAAGGUACCUAUUACAAAAUGUUUUAAUCCCUUUAUGACUGUCGACUUCGUUCCUUCCUGUUUAUAUGGUUUGUUUAGUCUUUCAAUUAAUACUAUUUGUGGAACCAAAGAAGUAAAGGUAAACUAAUAAAUAAAACUGAUACAUAUCAUAGGAUAGUAAAUUCUUUCCAACGUGGAAAUUUUGGAUAGAAAACUUCUAUCCAAAAACAUAUUAUUUGAACGUACGACUCAUUGAGGGACUAUGGCCAUUGCGGCCUGGAGUCAAAAGUACCUCUUCAGAUGAACUAUUUCCAGAAUAAUUAUAUGUGUAUAACUAUGUAUAUGUAACGUUCAAGAUUAUAAUACAGAGUUAUAAUAGUUUAAUGUGAAAUAAACUGUGGUGCAUACAAAACAGUUA